AAAAUCGGCCGAUUUUAGAUCCAUCAUCUGUCACAUAGAUGGUCGAUAUGAGCUAUUCAGGAGCAUUUUUAUUACAGAUUUUACUUCAAUAGAGCCAGUGCCAGGCCUGGACGUCAAUCCCUUCAGUCUCUCUAUGAUGGCUGCUAAGCUCGCCUAUGAGAACGGUGCUUUCAUAGAAAACCAAGUUAAUAAAUAUUGGAAGAUGCAUUUUGUCAAAUUCUUCAAUUGUUGGAACAGUGGUGGAAGAAUCCCCGAACCCCAACUAUUUUCAUCCAUUCUAUGUGUUCUCCAUGUACUUGAACGCAGUGGGAGACUUAACGAAAGCUUUCUUGUUGGCCUAUCUUCAAAACGAUUUUGAUGAGGGCUUUGUCUCCCUUAUGUAUCGUGCUUCGGGGCUCUUCAUACCUGGCCUGGCGUCUCACAGUCCAAGAGAUUAUGUCAAUGGAGGGACAAUGGCGAAAAUAAUAGCUCAGAAGAUCAGCAACAAAUAGGCAUGAAGGUGGCUUAUGUUUGUACUGCAAUGAGUUAAUGAUGUGGUUAAAUAAACUUAUCUAGUGUUCUUGUUUCCGUUUUUGUUUGCAAUGUAAUGAAGCUUAGCUAGUAUGGAGGUUCAAGGUGAACGAAUUCCAGCAGUUCUUAGUCGUUUGAACUUUGAACUAUUCAAAGUUCUAUUCAAGGUCUUUUGAAUCAACACAUCUAGGUCACCUUCUUGAA